CCCUCUGUUCCAACCCUCACCAGAAUCAUCUCCAAAUCCCAAAAUAUGGAACGUGUCCCGCGCGCCACCAUCAUUUCGGUGCUCCUCUUCUCUUUGCUCUGCUUCGAGAGCACUGCCCUUCCUGCCCCUUCCACUCACCAACCUGUUCACAAACGAACCGGCGCUACGGAUUUCAUCAAGGCCUCUUGCAGCGCGACACGCUAUCCUGCGCUGUGCGUGCAGUCCCUCUCCGUCUACGCCCGUGCCAUCCGGAAGAGCUCGAAGCAGCUGGCGCAGGCCGCGUUGUCCGUGAGCCUCGGCCGGGCCCGGUCCGCCUCGGCAUAUGUGUCGAAGAUGUCGGGCGCCAAAGGCAUGAGGCCGCGCGACCACGCUGCGAUGAAGGACUGUGUCGAGAACAUGGGGGACAGCAUCGACCGGCUGGCACGGUCUAUCCGCGAGCUGGGGAGAACCGGCCGGGCCAGGUCAGGGAGCUUCCUGUGGCACGUGAGCAACGUGCAGACGUGGGUGAGCGCCGCGCUGACCGACGAGAACACUUGCAUGGACGGCUUCGCCGGGCCGGCCAUGAGCCGGAACGUGAGGGCCGCGGUCAGGCGUAGGGUCGUCAACGUGGCGCAGGUUACCAGCAAUGCUCUCGCGCUCGUGAACCGGUACGCCAAGAGGCCGUAACUGUUCCAAUCCGACGUUGGGAAAGAAACACGGGUUGACACGUGUACGGCUUAUAUUGCAGUGUGGUCGCUUUGAUGUUGUUUGAUUUUAGUUGUGAUUUUGAGGAUGGUGGUGUGCUACGUAAGAGCUGGGACAGAGGGUUAUGUAUAUGCGACAUGUAUUAUAUUUUAUAUAUGUGUGUGGUUGCUGAUGUUUCACUCUGUAA